UCGUGUGCUAUGUAUGGUAAGUGCCAACAAUAACGAUUGGCCUCUAGAUUUACUGGUUGGCCAGCGGUCUCGAUCUCGAUCUGAUAACCGCAUCGACGCCGGCGAUGGCUUCGUUUCUCUCAUCUUACCAGUACGCCGAUAGCCUGGUGGUCGUCGGCAUCUCCAUAGGCACCGCGUUCUUAUGCGAGGGCAUCUCAUGGAUCCUCAUCUACCGCACCUCCACCUACAAAUCCCUCCGCUCCUCCAUCGAUAAAGCCUCCAAAAAGCUUGAAUCCAUGAAAUCCCCGGCUUCCAUCGCCUCCUCUGAAGGCGCAGCCGCUGUUCCACCCUCCAACGGCCGGCGAUCCUCCUCCCGCGUGAAGAAGAUGGAUCGGGUCGAGACCAGUCUCAAGGAGUCCACGCGUGAUCUCUCCCUCUCGAAGUUUAAGUCCGGAUUCGUCGUUGCGGUGGUUCUCUUCGUCAUCUUCGGCCUUCUUAAUUCCAUGUUCGAGGGCCGGGCGGUGGCGAAGUUGCCAUUCUCGCCGGUGUCGUUCGUGCUCAAGAUGAGCCAUCGUGGGAUACGUGGUAAUGAUGCCACGGAUUGUUCUAUGGCGUUCUUGUAUUUUCUCUGUUCGAUUAGUAUUCGGACCAAUCUUCAGAAGUUUUUGGGCUUCGCACCGCCAAGGGGCGCCUCGGGGGCUGGACUUUUCCCGAUGCCGGAUCCCAAGGCCAGUUAACUAAGGUUUGUAGAACGAGAAUGAGGCUACGAGGAUUGGUGUAGGAUCUGCUUGAAGGAUCUGAUUAUCGAAAGGUGCAGACGCGCACAAUCCGAAGAGAGUUCGUCAUAUAUUGCUUAACAUUUUGUAUUAAAUAUUAAAUAUUUAUACCAUUCAUCUUUUAAAUCUCUAUUUAAUAUGUAGACAAGUUUAUUGCUUAAUAUUCCCGGUUUAAGCUUC